AUGAGGGCUACCGGCCUGACUUUGCUGGUCGCCGUGACUAAGCUCAGCUCCGCGUCCUACGUGUUGAAAGAUGACUAUCAGCCAUCAAACUUCUUUGACGGCUUCGAGUUCUUCGAUGGUGCUGACCCCAGCAAUGCUUAUGUUACCUACGUCGAUCAAAACACGGCAGUGAAGGAUGGGCUAGCUUCUGACAAAAACGAUUUUGUUUAUCUCGGAGUUGAUUAUACCAACAUCGCAACUGGCUCGGGCCGCAAGAGUGUUCGACUCGAGACGAAGAAAACCUACAAACAUGGACUAAUUGUGGCUGAUAUUUCCCACAUGCCAGGAGGGAUCUGCGGAACCUGGCCCGCAUUCUGGACGACAGGGGCUUCUUGGCCAGAUGACGGCGAAUUCGAUAUCAUCGAGGGUGUCAACACCCAAAAACAAAAUGUUGUGGCGUUGCACUCUACGAAGGGGUGUAAAAUAGAAAACAACGGUAAGUUCACAGGCAGUCUCGUCACUACCGACUGUGAUGUAUACUCGCCAAAUCAGCCUUCAAACCAAGGUUGUUUGUUUAAGGAUACCAGCUCGAAGGGUUGGGGACCUGACUUCAAUUCAAUUGGUGGGGGUGUGUAUGCGAUGGAGUGGAAGAGCGACGCCGUCAGCGUCUGGUUUUUCCCACGUUCCCAUAUUCCCGCAAAUAUCAAUGGGGUAAACCCCGACCCCUCGGUUUGGGGUAAACCAGUCGCACAUUUCACGGGUUGCGACUUUGACAAGUUCUUCAAGGAACAGCGAAUUAUUUUCAACACCGCCUUCUGCGGCGACUGGGCCAGAGUCACUUGGCCCGAGUAUAAUACCUGCUCUGCCAAAGCCGACACCUGCGAAGAUUAUGUCAAGAACAACCCCAAAGACUUCCAAGAAGCUUACUGGUCUAUCAAUUAUCUGAGGGUUUUCCAAAACCAGCCAGGUAGAUCAUCUAGCAACCGUGCUUCAGCCUCAAACACACGACAGUCCACAUCGACCAUCGUCUCAACUACCGCUUCAACAACUCAGUCCAACACUUCAGGUACUUCUGGCAGCUAUCCUUCCGAGCCAAGCGCCUCCUAUCCUACGGACGCGAACCCCACUGAGCCAAGUGCCUCAUAUACGACAGACGCUUACCCUACUGGACCAGGCGCCUCCCACCCAACAGACGGCUACCCCACCGAGCCAAAUGACCCUUAUCCCACCGACAGCUCCGCCUCUUCUUCCUACGACGCAACCAACAUCUUAAGUUGCACCCCUCCACCAGCAGAGAGCUGCGUGACGUACACGACCCAAACCACAAUUGCGAUCGUCUACACCCCUUCUGCAGCUCCGAAAGAGGCCAUAAUUCCCAUCGAACCGGCGCCUGCUAAGUAUCCAACAAAUGAGAAUCCCGCGGAUGAUGAGUAUCCCACAGAUGAGUAUUCCGCUGAUGGGUAUCCAACAAAUGAUAAGUAUAGAGCGGUGAAGAGAAAAGAGCACAUAAAUCAGCAUGCAGCACGACAUCACCAUCAGUAG